AUGUCUGUUGUCUUUGUACCGAAAAGACAAAGAGGAAAAGCUCAGAUCAACCAAGAAACCAUCCAAAGAGUAAGUAAUGUUAGCUAUCCACCAGUUUGGUUAUGGUAAUCCUAUGUAGCAUUUUUAGCUAGCUAGAAUGUUAGCUUGCGUUCUCGAAUGUUUACAACUUUGUCUAGCUCGCUAUGUUUAUGGCUAAGCUAAUUAGCUAGCUGUACAGCUGGUUUGCUAUUUGGCCUACAUAUUAUCAUAUGUGGUAGCUUCGGUAAACAAGUUGCCAGCUGUGUGAACAGUUUUCAUAUUUUCCAACUUUCAGUUGCUGGACGAAAAUGACCAGCUGGUAAGGUGCAUCACAGAGUACAUGCAAAAAGGACGAGCAACGGAAUGUGUACAGUAAGUUCAACUUCAUAUCUUUUUGUAAUUUCCCCAGGGCAGGUGAUGUCAACCCUUCUCCUGGAACUAUUGGUUUUGCAGGGUUUUAAACCAGCUCUAUACGAACACACCUGAUUCAGCUAAUCAAAUGGCUACCCGGACUUUUUGUCUAUGCAUAGUCACUUUACCGCUACCUACAUGUACAUAUUAUCUAAAAUACCUCGACUAACCUGUACCCCCGCACAUUGACUCGGUACCCCCUGUAUAUAUAGCCACGUUGUUUUAUUGUGUAACUUUUUAAACUUUAACUAUUUUUCUUAACUACAUUGUUGGUUAAGGGCUUGUAAGCAUUCGGCCCAUGUGACAAAUACAAUUUGAAGUACCUGAUGAAUAAUCAAUUAUGGUAGGGCUGGAACAAAAUCCUGCCGUAGUCACAGACAUGUUGUUUUAA